GCUUGAAACGAAGAAGUGCAUGCACAAAAAAUACGAUUAACAUUUUGCGCCAUUGCUUUGUAAAUUGAAUACAAGUAACGUUAAAAGAUAGUAAAAAAGUGGAUCGAUAUAAUAAUUAAUACUUAUUCUAGUUUGAGCGCAGUGUAGUGGAUAGCUAGUAACGUUGGUGUGUAAAAAUGUCAGUUUUGAAAUUGGAUGCAACAAGCUGGUGACGUUGGCUCUCUUAUUGUGGCAGCGCCGGUGAUUAUAUGUAAUCUAACCUUGAUAUUCUGACGUUUGGGAAUUUGAUGGCAGUGUUAUUGUAAAAGAUGUAAUGCUCGGUGAAUAAUUGAUUGUUCUUAUUUGUUCUACACAAAAGAACAGCACGUUCUAGCGGAAUGUGCGAUGGGACGCGCUUAGGUUACUUUUGCAAUAAUUUAUUUUUAGCACAACAAGAAUUUCUUCGGAGACGAAGCUCUGUUCUUCCGACAAACUAUAUUAUUUUUUCAACAAUAUAAACACAGCUGCAGCGACACACAAUAUUCGCUAUAUUUGAAUAGUUAUGUUACGCGACGAUAAGAGCAGGUAGUUUUUGGAUAGAUCAGUUGCCACAAGCAUAAUGAUUUCAGAAGUAGGAACUGAGGGCUAUCAGCCAAUGACAAGUUUAAAUGAAGAAAGCCUGUUCAAGUUGCAAUGUUUGAUGAAAGCAACAGAAAUACAGCAGAGUGCUCAAUGUGAAUAUGGAAAGAAAUUAUUUUUGGCAUUUACGACUGGCAAUGCAGAAAUUUUUUUGUACUACAAGAAAGACUCUGCUUCUAAUCCAAUAAUUAAAAGGAUUCCUUGGUUCCAAGGCUCUCAUAAGCAGAUCUCAGCUUUAUGUUUUCAUUCUUUGGGAACAUGGUUGCUUUGUACAAGUGUCGAUGGAUCUGUAUAUAUAAUUCCUGCUUUGUGUUUGGUUGAGGAGAUUUGUGACACAGAUAAAAGAUGGACCAGUGAUGAUAUAACAUCUUUCCCUUCGAUUAGCUCACAAUCAUCUCAUUCAAAACCUACUGCUAUAGUGUGGUGGCAGGAUCCUGUAACACCUGCUGAAAUUGGAAUUAUUGGCACUGAAUAUGGAGAGAUAAUAUUCAUCAAUCUUGAGACUGGUUAUCAAGCAAAUGUUACUCAUAUUAAUGGGAAUAUCAUUAGUCUUCAUAUAUGUCAUGACAAAAGUAAUGAUAGCGUUUCUCUUUUAAUAACAAGUCAGUCUAAACGGCAGUGGAGACUGUUUUUGGAACAGCACACAUAUAGCUGUUUGAGCCACUUAGAAAUUAGAGACUCCUACAAUACAUUGCACACAAAUGAUACGAUCUAUGACAAUACAAGAUCAUUUGCUGCUACGAGAUCUAGAUUGCAAGGACUUAAACAGUUGUCAGUGGAGAAAAUUGCAUUACUUAGGCAGAAGAUACUUGAAACAAAAAAUCAGACUUUAGAUAUCACAAGCAAUCGACAUAAUCACAAUGCAAAUAUUGACACAUCCAUAGAAGUAAAUCAGAAUCAAAUGACUCCAGAACCAAUAUCAAGGGAAACUUUUCUCAUGUCCCAGUCUGAUAGGGAGGGCCAACAGCUGUACACGUGUUACCAUUCUAUCACAAAUCACAUAACAAUACAUGGACCUGACUUUUCUACUGUACCUUUAUCAGUGCAUAAAGUAUUUGAAUCUUGUAGAAAUGUUUUAUUAACUCAACGCUUUUUCUUUAUUACUGACGUCAGUCAGCGUGUAAUGUAUGUAAUAUCAGACAGGUUAUCUGAAACACGUACAAAUGAUAAUUGUAAAUUUAAUCCGGAGUGCAUUGUUGGUCACUUUUCUUUAGUGAAUAGUAAAGAAGUGAUACUUGCUGUGUACAGAGCUAUUGAUUAUACAAAUAAACCAACCACUCGGGAUACUAGAAACAAAUACACGUUACCAAAGGGUGUAAAAGAUAUUGAAAUCGAAUUACCUCAUGUGGAUACUUGCAUAAUUGUAACAAAUCAUUCUGUGUACAAAGUUGUUCUGAGGAAGUCGAUUUUAUCGGUUUUUAUGGAAUUAGUUCUGAAAGAUAAUGAUCCCGAAAAAGCGAUAAAAUUGGCAAUAGUGUUUGGUAUUAAUGCACAGCUGCUAUUAGAGCAAGCCGGCGAUAUUUUGCUAUCGAACAAACAAUCGUCGCGAGCUGUAGCUUGCUACAAAUUGUCUAAAUGCAGACUAUUGAAGAGCGUUCUAAAAUGUGCAUCUGCUGGCUACACAGCUGACCUAUUAAGUUGCCUUACACACUGUUUAGCAUCUCCAACUAGCAGUAAAUUGCCUGUUACAACGAGAAUUCACCUUUCUAAUUUAUGUGUUCUUGCCUUUAUUGAAAUGACGCUCAGAGUUCCAGCUCAAAAGUCUAGAAUUAUUUAUAAAGAAUUUUUGUAUUUCCUGUCGACGAAUUCCUUCUACGAUGAAUUGUUGGCAAUUAAUAUUGCCGGUCAAACAUGUUUAUGGGAGGUGUUGCAUCACUUAGCAACGCAGAAGUGUCUUUAUGGACAAAUGUUGGAAGUGCUCAUGAAGACAAUACAUUCUUUCAGUGCAAACAAUUUUCAUCCAACAUCAUAUGGUUUAUUAAUAUGCGUAAGUGAACCGAGUUUGAUGCAAGCCAUGUUAGUAAAUCCCGAGUUAGCUAGAAGUCACAUGUCCUUUAUUCUUGAUAAUCUUCAAGACUCUCAAAUUUUUGUACUUCAGAGAUUAGUGACACUAUAUGAUCCAACGAAUCCAGUGAUAAGACCUAGAAUAGUACACUGCAGACUGCGACAUAGAACCACCUCACACAGCUCACAAUCUAGUCAAUGUGAUUCUAUUGAUCUCGUAGAAAAUGAAGAGGCUGAUGCAUUGGUAGAGGAAAUCAUAGAAACUUUUUUACUCAUUUUAUUGACUUUAAUCUGUAAAAAGUCCAUUCUGCAUCAGGAGCCGUUCGUCACGUGCAACACAGAACUGCUACUACACAAGAAGGAUCAAAACAGAUCUAAUUGCAUCGCGGAUUUCAAGAGAAGGUCGCUCUGCGCUGGAUUUUGUCACGUUGGUCUCAUUAGAAACGGGAAUGUGUAUACAUGGGGUAGUUCCGUACAGGGAUGUUUAGGAACCGGUCCAUCUUUGUUGAGGUAUGGUACACCUCAGUCAAUACCUUUUUUCCGAAGCAUGGAACUAGAGGUGUUUAGUGUUUCCUGUGGCCACUGCCAUACACUGGCAGUAACCAAUAAUGGUGUUUACGCUUGGGGAUCAAGUCAGUUCGGACAGUUAGGAUUAGGGAAAAUUCUGCAGUCUUCGAAUCCGGAAUUGGUCACAACCUUAGCUCAAGAGAUCAUUGUCGACGCAGUUGCCGGACAAUACCACUCUGUGGCGUUAACCUCUGAUGGCAGAGUGUUCACAUGGGGUUGGGGUGUCCAUGGACAACUGGGGCACGGCACAACCGAUGAGAAAUUGACCCCCACAUUGGUGACAGCAUUACUUGGUGUAGUUGUACGCAGUAUUAGCGCUGGCCAUGCGCAUACAUUGGCACUUUCGACGGAGAGUGUCGUGUAUGCUUUUGGUUGCAAUGUGUUUGGACAAUUAGGCGUAGGGAGUAAUAUUAAAAGUUCUGUGCCAAUGAAAGUUUUGUUACCAGAGAAGAUAUCUCUCAUUGCGACUGGGUACUUUCACAAUCUUGCCGUUAGUCAUACAAAUAGAUUGUACAUAUGGGGCGCAAGUCCUCAAGUUCUUCGUCUGCAAGCACAAACGCAAAAGAGAACUCGGAUAUUGGAGCAACGAAAUGCGAUCGUGAAGCAAUUUGAAAGCAUCGAUGAGUUUGAAAAAGUAGAUCAUGGAGGUGACACCAAUGAGGAUGCUUUGGACAGUAAUGCACAAAAUAAAAAUGCACAACCAAGGAGCACCAUGGAUUCUAGAAUGAAACAGUUAGAUAUGUGUUUGAAAAACGUCGAUAUGGGGUCAUUGGAGGAGAACCAAGCGCAUUUAAAGCCGACUGUAGUAGAUACCAGUUUAGUGAGAGGAGAUAUUGUGCAGAUAUCGACUGGUUGUCAUCACAACGCUCUUGUGACAAAGGAUGGUUCCCUGUACGCAUGGGGUAGAAAUUUGGAUGGUCAGAUAGGCAAUGGCACCAAAAGAGAAGUGCUGAUCCCAACUCCUCUUUCUUACAACCCUGCUUCUAUCUUCGCACAAGUACCUCCUAGACAUAAUGCUUACGAACGAAGAGAUGAAGAUCAAGAAUUAGUGGAAGCAAGCAACGAUAGAAAUGGAAAUAUGAAUGGCGAGGUUAAAUCGUAUCAAUCAGAGAGUAACGAAUCUAAAGAGAGAGAGAAUCCCGUGAUUAAAACUGUAGGAGUCUGUUGCGGAUAUGAUUAUACUGUUGCAAUUCAACCGGGAGGCACAGUUCUGGCUUGGGGCAACAAUAGAAGAGCACAGUUAGGUCGCCUUCCACCAAAAGAUACUCGUGACAACGACGAUAAGCUUGUUUUAAUCAAGAAGAGGGUUGUGAGGGUUCCUAAUACCACGCAUGUUGCAUUGGACGUGCCUAGUCAAGUUCCUAGUAUCCCUGCUCCCAUAAUCUCCUACCAGAGUUACGACUUGCCCUCUCUUGCGGGUAUGGUUCGCCCUUUGAGUGUUAUUGAAAGAUCACUGGGUGAACAGACACUGCAUUAUGCGUUAGAAUAUUUUUGUGGUCUGUACGACUCUUCUAAAAUUAUGGACAAGUCCAUAGAGUUGGGAAAUUAUCAGGCUUGUUCAAAGAUAGCCAUGCUUCAGCACAACAUUUCCGAUGCACUUUCAUUUCAAUUAAAAAUACUGCAUACGUUGAACUUGCAGUCUUGCUCAAGAGAAAAGUCGUGUGAUAGUAUAUGCAACAAGUCUGAGGAUAGGACUGAAGAGAGCUCCGACAGAAAAAGAAAGUCUUCAUUGAAUCGCCACGUUAAGAAGAACACUGAACUCUUUAAUAAACAGGUGGAGAAGAAUUUAAUUGAUUCCGUGGAGGACUGUGCUGCUAAAGACAAGAUGAAAAUUCCCGCGAGUAAAUCUCUGAAUAGUCUACAGUUAUUGCAGCAAGAAUUGUACACUUUUGAUUGCCAGGGUGGUUCGGAAGAAUUAUGCAGGGAAAUGAAAUGUGAUAAUGCACCUAUAGGUAUCUUCGAGGACACUUAUGGCUCGGAUGUUGGUUCUGACUCUGAGGAAUGGAUGGAGAAUAUUAUUUCUAAAGGGGAGGAAACUGGAUCCAUGAGAGAUUCUUCGUUACCAUCUACACCUGCUCGAGAAAAUGUUGAUCAAGAUCAAAUGUGUCAGAAAAACAGAAAAGAAAAUGAUCAUGAAAAGAAGACGUCCAGUUCUAGACUAGAUAAUGUAACCAACGAAGCUGUGAAAGUAGUCAAAUUCUUCUUGAACGAAAUGGAGAACGAGACAGAUACAUUGAAAUGUAAACUACUACAGGAUAUCCUUGAUUUCUGGAUAGAACAUGAGUUGCCGAUACACUGCAUAGAAAACGUUUUCUUGGAUCAUAUCGACUCAAUCUUUUAUUCGCUUGGAUUGUUGUUGUUCUGUCAAGAGGUAAUGGAAAAAUACUUGGAUACUAACAAGAACGACACGGAAGUUAAGGGCUUCACAGUAAUGAAUUACUUCUCUUCUAAAUUCUGUCUCCAAGUGUGUUCCUUGUUAUUACAUCAUAUCGGUCAAGAUCAACCUACUCCCGAGUUCAUUAAGCUACUGUCUUCAUUAACGGCUGAUCAUUACGGACCUCCACUGACUGGAUACCCCGGCUCAAGCGCAAACAACACGUCGAAGCAGAUGAUGGAAGGUGUUAUAAGCACUAUGUCCUUUGAAACUCAUGACUCUAGGUCAUUUGUACACAUAAAGGACCCGGAAGGUGUGUACAGAUUCCUAGCAACAGAAGAAGAUACAAUGAUAUUCACGUGUGGUCAUCAUUUUCCAAUGGCCACGUACGAAGCAGAAGUGAUUCCGACGAUGGAAACAGAGUUGCUCACGUCCGACUCGAUGGUUCUUCCAUGUACAGCACAGUACUUAGGAAAAAUGUUGUCUCAGACCUCGAAACCGGAAAUAUUAUGCCCGCUGUGCUUACCACGGGUACUAGGAACGUUGGUAAAGAAGAACAAUGGCUGAGAAGUAUGUACCUGAAGAUUUUAUGUAACGUAAAUUCAUGUAUAGAUUUAUGCUUAGCUCGAAAGACUCGAAUUAUACAAAUGUACUUCUUUUCAAUCAAUUGAAUUUACUUGUAGAAAUAGUAUUUCAUUGGAAUCUUGGAAUAUUGUACUCCAGAAACAUAGUAGAAACAAAAUCUGAGCUCUCUAUGACUUCUAAAUAAUACUUUUUACAUUAUUUACGAGCAUAGACAGUUUUGUAGUGUAAUAGUUUUUUUAUUGCUUAUGACUCUGAAGUCUCUCAUGCAGCAUCCAGCGGAUCUACUAUAUUACGCACACUGAAACUGAACAUACUCACUGUAGAAACAGACUUUCAUGUGUUCAAGUAUUCUUAAACAAAUCGUUUUUUUUUUUAUCAUAGAAACGAACGACGCUGCGCUUUGACAUUUUCAGAUUUAAUUUUUGGAACAUCACAGAUUUAUAACGAUUCUAAUGAAUCCUACUUUUGAUUGGUAGAGGUAGUUAGUACUACACAUACAACGAUUACUACUGAAAAAAGAACGGAACGAAAUAAUUAUCUGCAUAGAUCUUAUCUAAGGUCAUUGAAUUUAGAUGGUGGAUGAAUUUGAAAUUUGAUACUAUAUCUAAAACACGGUUAAACAGAGUCAUACACUAUUUAGUCCUUUUAAAAUUCCUUGUCAAUUAUCUGAAAUGAUACAACGCAAUUCAUGUUAAUUAACACAUUUUUAUGACUUCACGUUUUACAAAAAAUUGAUAAUCGUUUUAAGGAUCACGUUACUUUUUUUGCGUAGACAUUUCUGUUUUGUCAAACAGAUAAACAAUUUUUAAUUCAGCAGGGAUAUUAUGAUAUCGGAUCGAAAACGGCUAUAAGAAAAUAUGUUAUUCAUGUACGAAGUCUACAAAUGUAUUUGUCAAUCAACUAUACCACGAUUGCUCUGAAAAAUAUAAGAUGUACAGUAGGUAUUAUAAUAAUGAUGUAAAAUAGGGAAUAAAUUAAAAUUAGGGAAUGAU